ACUGCGACCGAGAGCCCACAAACUGUAACUCCGUCAUAUUCAGUAACUGGACAACAUAUCUCUCUGACACGUAUGGAUAAUGUACACGUAACAUUAGUCCUCUUUUCACAGACGAAGACGGAUCUCCGCGGUGAGGACAAUUUCAAACCUCGGUGAUCAUCAUUCGUGUUUUGGAUAUUGAGUGAAACUGGACUGGACUAUAUUUGGAUUAUCUGGCCAACCUGCCUUUCCCUGCAGUCAGACGUUCAGUGCCUGUAGCAGGCUGUGCAUGUUUGUUCCUCACCAGUGAUUCCUUAUGCUUGGUAGAAACCGAACCCUGCGUCUUACAGGAUGGAUGGUGUGGACUUAAAGGGGCUUGUGUAUCAACAUCAACACUCUGUGUUCUGCUGCGGUGUUCAUUUUUUUUCCUUUUACAAAAGAACACCUCCCAUCCUACACCUCCAAUCUCUGAACUCUAUAUAUAUAAAGACCGUCUUUGAGCAAUAAAAAAGACAGUGAAAUAUAGGAGUUGGAAGACGUUCUAUAUUUUUUCCUUGUAAAUCACAGAUAGAUACUGCUUAGAGAAGCCUAUAUGGCAGACAUGGAAAUAUCCUUACUUUAAUUUCUCAAUUAUUGUACCCCCUUACUCUUGGUGUGGGUGGUGGGAUGUCGGAAAAGCCUGACGACAAAAUGGUGAAGUUCCUGGCUCCCCCUCAGAAGAGUGGAAAUGGCCCGAGUUCGGGUUCAGACUCCAUGGUGACUGACUGCCGGCCGCCAGAAGUGAGGCGGCGGCAUCACACCAUGGAGCGUGAUCGUUGUAACCCCGAACACCGUUUCCUGCGCCGCAGUGUCAUCAGUGACUCCAAUGCCACAGCACUGGCCCUCCCUUUACCCAGCAAGAUCCCCAUUCCUGCACCUCUACGGAUUCAAUCAUAUGAAGCUGUCCCCCAGCGACAACAGGCUGUUGCUGCUGAUCAUUUGCCACGGGCUGAACCAAGUUUAGCUCCAAAUGAGGAGUCUGCUGAUAGUGGUAGAAGAAGAGAAGAAGGAAAAGACAUAGAAAUAGCCAAGGUGGAAGUAGUGCCUUUAGGAAAGGAGCCUCCCAGUGUACAAGAAAUCUGUGAUAGAGAGGUUGUGAUAGCAGCCCGUGCUGCACCAUGCUUAGAAGCAGAGUUGCCAAGUCAAACCGAACCUGAAAGCACUGCUGAGGUGAAGGCACAUGGAGAAGAGGGGGAGGAAGAAGAUAAGGACUCUGCCAAGGCUCGAGCAGAGGCAGAGCAGAGAGAAGCUGAGAAGAAAGUGCAGGAGGACAUCGAAGAGGCGGAGACCAAAGCGGUGGGAACAUCACCGGAUGGCCGUUUCCUAAAGUUCGAUAUCGAAAUUGGACGCGGCUCCUUCAAGACCGUCUACAAGGGCUUGGACACCGACACCACAGUAGAGGUGGCUUGGUGUGAGCUGCAGGAUCGUAAGCUGACGAAGACGGAGCGGCAACGCUUUAAGGAGGAAGCAGGGAUGUUAAAGGGACUACAGCAUCCCAACAUUGUCCGCUUCUAUGACUCCUGGGAGGGACCGUCCAAAGGCAGGAAGUGCAUUGUACUGGUUACUGAACUCAUGACUUCUGGCACACUCAAAACAUAUCUGAAGCGGUUCAAGGUGAUGAAAAUUAAAGUGUUGCGGAGCUGGUGUAGACAAAUCCUCAAGGGACUCCACUUCCUUCAUACUCGGGCCCCUCCCAUCAUCCAUAGGGACCUGAAGUGCGACAACAUUUUCAUCACAGGCCCAACAGGAUCCGUUAAGAUUGGAGACCUGGGACUGGCCACACUGAAGCGCGCAUCCUUUGCCAAGAGUGUUAUAGGUACCCCUGAGUUCAUGGCGCCUGAGAUGUAUGAGGAGAAGUACGACGAGUCAGUGGAUGUGUAUGCCUUUGGAAUGUGCAUGCUGGAGAUGGCCACCUCAGAGUACCCUUACUCAGAGUGCCAGAAUGCUGCACAGAUCUACCGCAGAGUUACCAGCGGGGUGAAGCCGGGCAGCUUUGACAAGGUGGCCAUUCCUGAAGUGAAGGAGAUCAUCGAGGGAUGUAUUCGUCAGAACAAGGAUGAGAGGUACUCGAUCAAGGACCUUCUGAACCAUGCCUUCUUCCAGGAAGAUACAGGGGUGCGUGUGGAGCUGGCAGAGGAGGAUGAUGGAGAGAUGGAGGCUAUUAAGCUGUGGCUGAGAAUUGAGGAUGUGAAGAAGCUCAAGGGGAAGUACAAAGACAACGAGGCUAUCGAGUUCUCCUUUGACCUCAACAAAGAUGUCCCAGAGGAUGUGGCUCAGGAAAUGGUGGAGUCUGGUUAUGUGUUUGAGGGUGACCACAAGACCAUAGCUAAGGCCAUCAAGGACAGGGUGUCUCUGAUCAGUCGCAAGAGAGCACAACGGCAGCAGGUCAGAGAAGAACAGGAGAAGAGAAAACUAGAAGAAGAACAGCAGGGUCAGUUACCGCCAGCACAGCAACCAGGCCAACAAUCUAGCGUGGAGGUGCCUCAGUCCCAUCCAGUGCCACAGCAUGCAUCUUACAUACCUCCACAACCAAACCAACACAGCACACAAAUGGCUGUCCUGCCUACAUCUCAGCAGAGCCUUCAGAGUACUAACUACAACACUCCUCAGUCAACCCAGCUGACUGGUAUGACACAGGUGGUCCCAUAUGUCCCCCAGUCAGCUGGACUAGUCCUAGCUCCAGUUUACGGUCAGAGUGUGGCUAACAUCCAGCCAGAGUCAGAGGAACCUGAAGCUGACCAACACCAACAUCUACAGCGUGCUGGAGGAGCCACUCACAUUGGAGACAGACCCGGUUCCUCCGAGGUCCAGCCUGCAAAGCCUGAAAUGUCUUACAGCACCCCUCCCAGUCAGCAGCUUCAGUCCCAGGUGUCGUGUCCUCAGACACAAAAUGACCAACAGCAGCAGUUGGCGGUGAUUCAACCCCAAAUGCAAGGAGUCCAGCCUGAAAUUGUGCCCGGUAGCCAGUCUGUUCCAGUGGCACCUCAGCAGUAUGGAGUUUACUACAAUCCAUCGCUUCCCCCUCAGAUACCCACCCAGCAGGUGAUGAUACCUCCGUCCUCUCAGUCGUCUCCCCCUCUGCAGCAGCAGCAACAGCCAGAGAGCUGCACUGCUCUUCAGGGCUCCAUUCUACCACAGGCACAGACUGGAGCUCAGCAGAUACAGGCCCCUGUGAGCAUUCCUCAGUCAACACCAGCAGAGCAGCCAGCAGGCUCUUCAGCUCUGGUGGCUCCACCUGUGGAAAGCUGCUUGUCAGAUGCAGCUUCAGGUCUUAGUGACGGCAACGAUGGAAAUUCUACAUCAGGAGGCCGCCAUGAGGGCCGCUCACUGAAGCGCCAUCAGCGACGAUCCGUCCGCAGUCGUUCCCGCCACGACAAGAGUGCAAAGGCCAAAUUGAAUGUCCUAAGUAUCUCUAAUAUGGGAGACAGAGUAGCAGAGUGCCAGCUGGAAACACACAACAGGAAGAUGGUCACCUUCAGAUUUGACCUUGAUGGUGAUAAUCCAGAGGAAAUUGCAGAAAUCAUGGUUGCCAGUGAGUUCAUCUUGGAAAGUGAGCGAGAGACCUUCAUCGAGCAGGUCCGAGAAGUCAUAGAAAUGGCUGAUGAAAAAGGAGGAGAGGGCUUGAAGGAAGGCUUUCCCAAGAUGAGUGAUCUUCAGCAACAACCUGAGCUCUCUGUUCCCAUGGUGCCAGGCAUUUCUCCCAGCACUGCAGCCCAAGUGGUGCAUUCAGCAGGACGAAGGUUCAUAGUCAGCCCAGUGCCAGAGUCCCGGCUCAGGGAACAGUUCUUUGGCGCUCCUUCUGCUCAUACCUCCUUUGGAGAUGAAGCUGCCCCAGGGGCCUCUACAACAUUGGGCCUUUCUCUGUCAGCUCCAUCUGGGGUUCUGCAACAGGCCUUCAAUAAAAUGAAGCAGGGUCGUUUAGAAAGAUGCAACACCAUUGAUCCUCCUGCUGCUGAUCAGGAACCAGUCACUGUCCCGUCCACUGAGGCUACACUCGGCCCAAACUCUAACAGUGUUCUGGCUCCUCUGGAAGCUGCAGCUUCCACCACUGGCACUAGUUAUCCUGCUGUGUCUGUCACAUCGACUGCAACACCCUCGCCACCCCCAUUAACUGGGAGGGUUUCCCCUCCGCCCAUAUCAUCUCAGUCCCAAAUUCCAGCUCCUGUCCCCAGUGAACCCUGUUUACCACGCCAGUCUUCUCAUGACACUGCCCCCUCACAAAUUGCACCAACUGCUAGCAUCCCUUCCUCAUCUUCCUCCUUUUCUCCUCCUGCUGUGCAGACCUCUGUAGCUUCAGCACCUGGAUCUCAGCUGAGCAGCACUUCUAAUACUGUCUCUGUCCCUACUUCAGAACAGCAGCCUUUUAAUGGUGCUGUUACUACCCAUGCUCCGUCUGUCCCCAUUUCUGCUCAGCCUGCACCUCCUACUUCUUUACCCAGUCAGAGCCAGCCGCAGUCAGGGGAGUCAGACGGGGCUGAACUCCAGACCAAAGGUGCUGGCAGAGAUGAUAUCCAUGCCCUAGAUAAAAAGUUACGCUCCCUCUUUAAAGACCAGAGCUCUGCUUCCUCUGCAUCACUGGAUCCUGGACAGAGCACAGGGACCUCCUCCCCUCCGACUGGAACUUCCUCCCCUCCGCCUGGAGCUGCUCUUGUGCCUCCAUCGAACCUUCCCCUCACAUCUGGGGUACAAGGUGUCCUGGGCCCCACAACCACCACAGGACAGGGAAUCACCUCAGCAGGGCAUGCCCAGACCCCCCCAACAAAGCCCAGGGCACAGACUUUACCCACUGGUUUUGACCAAGCUGCUACACCUUCCUCUGACCUUGUGCCCCCAAUUCCUGGACCAAAUCAGUCACAACAACCCCUGGGUAAUUUGGAUGCCCAGUUAAGGAGAGCUCUGAGCCCAGAGACUGUCCAGCCUCCAGCAGCAGGUUUCACUCUGGGACGUUUCCAAGUGUCAGUUGCUGAAGGUGGAUCCAGCAGCGUUCCAGGUCCCUCCAGCAUUGUCUCCUCUUCCUCCCACCCACCGUCCUCUACCUCUUCCUCCUCUUCAUCUUCUUCCUCUUCCUCCUCCCCCUCAAGUCCAGAAAAUACUCUCCACCGGUCAUCUGGUCUGCCCAGAGGAGUCAGUAAACCUGACACUGUAAACGGAUCCUCAUCUGUCUCUGCUGGUCCUGACAGUCAGCCCACCACCAUAGGGCGCUUCCAUGUUUCCGCAAGCGCCAACGCCACAUCUGGGCAAACCACUGGUUCUAAAGUGGGACGCUUUUCAGUUACAGUGACCCCAGCAGCAGGCUCCAGCCCAUCACAUGGCUCCAGUAUGCAGAAUGGGCCCUCAUCCUCAACCUCCGACCCUCAUAAUGCACAUACUCAUUACAGUAGUGACAAUGAUGAUGACUCCGAGAAUGAGGAUGAAGCUUUGCAGAAAGAAAUCAGCCGUCUCAGAGAGAAACACAUGCUGGAGAUUCAGGCCUUGCAGAGUCGUCAGAAAGAGGAGAUAGAGGGUCUGUUCACGCGGAUGGGAAAACCACCUCCUCCCGCUAUCCUUUCUCCUGCUGUGGCCAUGGCUGGAGGUCGACGUAGGCUUAAAAGUAAAAGCCACAAAUCUGCUCGCAGUAGUGGACAGCCCAGCCCUGUACACUCAGGAUCUCCAUCCUCAGCUCAGAGUCUUCAUGGUUCAGACUCACCUCCAAAGCUAGGUUCACCCUCAGCAACAGAGGCCUCACAAACAGGUGGCAGGACGUCUCUACUUAGAUCCUCUCCAUCUAUGCCCAUUCUCAGUACUUGCUCUACAGGAGUAAGCGGGACCAGCUCCACAAAUGGUUCAGGCCACUGCCAGAACCACUCUACUUCUCUGACCCAGGCAACUGGACCAACCCCUCCUGCCUCUCACACCCAGAAGGGCAAGGGCACGUUCACCGAUGACCUGCACCAACUGGUGGAUAACUGGGCCAGGGAUGCCAUCAGCCUCUCCCAGUGCAAGAGAGGCCCUAAAACUGGACCACAGGCAGCACAUGAUAUUGUUCCUCCAGCCAACAUGGGCCGUAAAUAUUCAGCUCCAGGCUACCUCUGCCCAACACUUCCCACAGCUUCCAGCACCACCUCUACCACCUCCACUCACCUCCCCAACUCUGCCAAUCCCUCCGUUCCUCUUGGGCCUCGUAAAGGCUCGCUGGGCCCAGUUGCCCCAGGGUAUGGGUAUACCUCAGCCCCAUACAACAGCGCUCCUCAGUGGGCAGGACCCACAGGCACAUGCCAGGUCAGCAUGCUUAAUCCCACACAGCCACUAACACAGUACCAGCCGCCCACGACUGCCUCGGUGUCCCUGCACCAAGGCUACCACAUGGGAACCACGCCAGCCCCCCAGAAAUCAGUUAGCCCCGGAGGGUCAAACCUGAGGCCUACGUAGCCCAGUCCAAGCCCUGGUCCAGGCUGAGACAGAGGGCCACACAGGGCAGAGCGGGCAGACAGUCGUUGAACGAGAACCACUAGCUCUCUUUGCAGGUUGCUGGUUUAUUGUGCUUUUUAUUUUUAUUUCAACUUUUAUCAUUAUGUGUUUAUCCUGUCAUUGAGUUGACCUGUGUGGUUCAAGUCCUCUCAGGCAGAACAAAAUCUGUCUGGCAAUUGGAGGGAGAGUGCAAUACACAUCCACAGCAUGAGAGUGUCACACUUAGCUUGCCAUUAGCUGUGGAAUCGAGCCGUGACGAGUUGGUUGGUUGUGUCUGGCGAUGUAACAACCCAAAGACACAACCAGCAGCAGCCAAAGAUGUCUUUUUGAGAGCAGAUGUUGCAAUUUUGUCAUUCCUUUGAAGAGGAGAAGGUAGGAGGGAUUCUGGUUCAUAUCCUUACUGGUCCUGACAUAAACCUGAGCUGGGACUGAAACAGUUUGACUGACAGUCAUUACACCAUAACAGACGCAGUGCACAUAUAACUGACUAAACAAAGACCUAUCUGAGUGACUUGGGAUGAUAAAUAAAGUGUCAGAGAGGAGAGAAUGUACAGAAAGAGGAUUAGUGAAGUGUGGCUGGUGAAGUAAGAUAGUGAGUGUCAAAGAAGAAAAGACAAAGCAAGUUAGGCAGGAGUGUUUAGGAUAAGGUUGCAGUAUGAAUACAUCCCAGUGGCUACCUAUUAAGUAAAAUGCAAUAAUGGCAAAGAUAAACUGUCCCUUGUAACUGUGGCCUUAAUCCCCAAACACAUUUAAACAUUGACUUUGUACAUAGAUAUUUCUUCACUGGGUUAUGAUUCCAUGUUUAGCAUAGUUAUGUCUCUGUGACAGUCUGGUGUUGUUGUGAUUUGAGUUGUCCAUCCAUACAGAUUUAAUAUCAUACAGAUUUGUCCUGCACAGCUGACGUAUAAGCCAGUGGAUCUGCAACAUAAAAAGCAUUGUCCUGGUGUUGACCACCAUUAUGAGUUUGGAUUGAAGAGGUGAUGCUGCUGUAAAUUACAAUCUGAGUAGAGGUUAUUUGCAGGGUGAUUUUUUUUUAUUUUAUUUUUUUU